GCGACAAGUCAAAAGAGCCGCUUUGAACACUCGGGUGCCAAACUGCGCAGCGAGUCCCGCGAAACGCGACGUGUGUGUGGCUUUAAGGACCGAGGACAGCACGGACUGCAUCGCGGCCAGGCGAAUAUGCGAUUUUUAUAAUGGCUACAAUUUUACUGGCGAUACUUUUUUACUUCUUUCGGGUUUCGAGCGGACAAGAGUCCUUGUUCUUUUUAAUCCACAAUGCGGACCACAACAAGUGUGCUGAGGUGCUCAGUAACACGUCCGUGGUGGCCGCCCCCUGCAAGCCUUCUGCCGCCUCUCAGCAGUUCAGAUGGGUGUCCGACAGCAGGCUGGUGAGCAAGUCGACCAAACUGUGCCUGGGAGUGACGACCAAAACCAACAUGGCUAAAGUCCAGCUCUUUGAAUGUGACGCCAAGAGUGACCUGCAGAAGUGGGAGUGCAAAGACGAACACUUAUUUGCGAUUCAGGGAGCCAAACUGCAAUUCAAUCAUGGAAACACCAACGACCAAAGCAUCAUAAUUUAUUCAGGCUCGGGAUCUUGGAGCAAGUGGAAGAUUCACGGGACAAAAGAUGACUUGUGCUCCAGAGGAUAUGAAGAUAUCUUUACAAUCAUUGGGAACUCAAACGGCCUGCCUUGUCAAUUCCCAUUCAAAUUUCAGAAUCAUUGGUUUGUCGAGUGCACGAUUGAGGGCAGGGCUGACGGGAGGCUUUGGUGUGCAACCACACAAAGCUAUGAUGAAGACGGUAAAUGGGGAAUGUGCCCAGAAAAAGGUGCCGUUGGAUGGGAUGUGGACCCUGUCACCGGUGUCUUCUACCAGAGGAAUACGAUGGCUGCGUUAACUUGGCAUGAGGCGAGGAAGAGCUGUCAGCAACAAGAUUCGGACUUACUGAGCAUCGUGGAGCUGCACGAGCAGACGUACCUGACAGGUCUGACAAAUUCUUUGAGCACCCCCUUGUGGAUGGGACUAAACAGUUUAGACUUUGAAAGUGGCUGGCAAUGGAGUGACGGCAGCCCCUUCAGAUACCUCAACUGGGCCCCGGGAUCUCCAUCUCACGUACCUGGACUGAACUGCGCUGUGAUUAAUCCUGGCAAAGGAGGCAAGUGGGAAAGUGACCAGUGCUCCAAAAAGCUCGGCUACAUCUGCAGAAAAGGGAAUGCGACUUCGACCUCAGCGUUGACGCCAGUAACGGAUCAGCCCGGGUUCUGUCAAAACCACUGGGUGCCCUACGCCGGCCACUGCUACUACAUUGAGAGAUCGAAGAAGAUCUGGAAGGAGGCUUCAACCGCGUGUCACAAAGAAGGGGCCUUCCUGGCCAGCAUUCACAACAUCGAGGAGCACAGCUUUGUCAUCUCUCAGCUCGGCUACGGGCCGAGCGAUGAGCUCUGGAUUGGACUGAACGACCUGAAGAUGCAGAUGCUUUUUGAAUGGACUGAUGGCUCCCAUGUGACGUUCACCAAGUGGCAGACUGGUGAGCCAAGCCACGCUUCUGGUUUCCAGGAGGACUGCGUGCUCAUAAAAGGAAAGGAUGGCAAAUGGCUUGAUCAUUCCUGUGAGAAAAGCCAUGGAUACAUUUGCAAGAAAAAAGCAAUGUCCAAACCUCAUGGUGUUUCAGAGGUGGUCCAGGAAGGCUGCAAACCAGGCUGGACCAGAAACACCUACUUCUGUUACUACGUGGGAUCCAAGAUGAUGACGUUUUCAGAAGCAAAUCAGACGUGUGCAGGCAUGAACUCCAUCUUGGCCAGCGUGGAUGACAGAUAUGAGCAUGCCUACCUCAUCAGCCUGGUCGGACUGCGCCCGGAGAAAUAUUUCUGGAUCGGCCUGUCAAACACAGAGAAUCGGGACACGUUUAAAUGGACGAGUGGUCAACAAGUUCGAUUCACUCAUUUCAAUGUGAACAUGCCAGGCAGAAGACAAGGCUGUGUUGGUAUGACCACUGGGACGUUAGCCGGACUGUGGGAUGUUAACCCUUGUACUACAAUGUCCAAGUUUAUCUGCAAACAAAUAGCGGAGGGAGUGACCACCCCACCACCUCUGAUAACAACUCCGGCCCCUAAGUGUCCCGAUGGCUGGAAUUCGUAUUCUGAAAGCUUGUACUGCUACAAGCUCUUUAAGAAAGAAAUACGGAACAGGAAGACUUGGCAUGAAGCUCGGGAUUAUUGCAUCUCAAGAGGUGGAAAUUUAUUGAGUGUUCACAGUCAAGAAGAACAGAACAAGAUUUACUCGUCCAUUGGUUACUAUUACAAUGAAGCUGCUUGGAUUGGCCUGAACAACCUGGAUCCUGGUGCCGGAUACGUGUGGAGUAACGGGCGUCCUACUAAUUUUGAAAACUGGGCAUAUGGAGAACCGAACAACUUCAACGGGGCAGAGAAUUGCGCUGAAAUGUCCUUGUCCACAUUGAUGUUAUGGAACGACCGCCACUGCGAAUCUUACAACAACUGGUUUUGUGAACUCCGCAAAGGUGACCCACUGCUGCCCGUUCCAACGGCUUCUCAGCCAGCUUGGAAUGUGACCGAAGACGGAUGGCUCGUCUAUAAUGGAUCUCAUUAUUUUGUUAACAAUGAAAAACUUUCCAUGGAACAAGCACGAGAAUUUUGCCAGAAGAACUUUGGUGAUCUUGCCAUAAUAGAAAGCGAAUCUGAAAGGAAGUUUCUUUGGAAGCAGAUUUCACGAGGUGAAGAAAAUGAAUACUACAUUGGCUUGACCGUGGGUCUCGAUAAGACGAUGAAGUGGAUCGAUGGGUCGCCCUUAACAUACGUGGCUUGGGAGAUGCAUGAGCCGAAUUUUGCAAAUAAUGAUGAAAACUGUGUCACCAUGUACAAAGGAAUGGGUUUUUGGAAUGAUAUGAACUGUGGGACUUUGUUUCCGUCUAUAUGUGAAAGGAAAGACACCUUUGUGAAUACAACCAUGGCUCCAACUCUCCCACCCAAAGGAGGAUGUCAGCCAGGCUGGAUUUCAUUUGGAAGAAAGUGCUUCCGAUUAUAUGGAGUCAACGAUGGGGAGGAGAAGAAGAACUGGCAAGAGGCAAGAAAUCAAUGCAUAAGUGACAAUGGAAAUUUAGCAACGAUAUCUGACAACAAAGAACAAGCAUUUCUUGCAGUUCAACUUGUGGGCCUUACUAUAAACCUUUGGAUUGGACUUAAUGAUAUAAAUCGGGAGAUGAGAUAUCUGUGGACGGAAGGCAAAGGUGUGUUUUAUACCAACUGGGCAAAAGGCUACCCGAUUUCAGGUCCUGAGGGGCGCUACUUUUACAGCGACGAGGAAUACGACUGCGUUGUAAUAGCAUCUGGGAACGGAUACUGGAAGAACGAUGACUGCUAUUCACGGAGAGCUUUUAUUUGUCAAAAGUAUAAAGAUGUGAAUUUACCUAAUCCGCCAACAACAUCUGCACCCAAAGGAUUCAUCAAAUUUGGAUCCAGCUCAUAUAAAAUAAUAACUCAAAAAAUGAAAUGGGACGAAGCUCGGAGGCAGUGUAAAGCAGAAGAUGCUGAUCUGGCUAGCAUCCUCGAUCCACUGGUCACAAAUUUUCUUCUGCUUUACGCGGACAAGUACAAGGAGCCAUUAUGGAUUGGCCUCAACAGUAACAUGACUGGUGGUUUUUUCAAAUGGAUAGACAACUGGAGAAUGCACUUUUCAAACUGGGCCCCAGAUGAGCCCAACAACAACCUUGCCUGUGUGUACAUGGACGUGACUGGAGGCUGGAAAACUGCCACGUGCAACAACACUUACUUUUCAGUGUGCAAACAGACCAAAGAAAUUGCUCCAACUGAACCAGCACAACUUCCCGGAAAAUGUCCAGAUCCAAAGAAGAAGAAAGUGUGGGUUCCCUUCCGUGGUCAUUGCUAUUUAUUUCAGUCCUCCUCUAUAGAGAACUGGGCCCAUGCGUCGGUGGAGUGCUUACGUAGCGGCGGCAACUUACUCAGCGUUGAAGAUCCAAUGGAGGCGACGUUCGUUGAAAAAAGCAUUGAGAUCUUGCAUGACAAGGCAAAGUCCUUCUGGAUAGGAAUGUACAAGAACAUCGACGGCUCUUGGCUGUGGAUCGACAACAGCGUAGUAGAUUACGUAAACUGGGACAGCGGGGAGCCCUCCAGGCACAAAGAAGAAUGCGUGGAGAUUUUCUCAGGCAGUGGCAAGUGGAACAACAUGAACUGCAAUUCGUACAGAGGAUACAUCUGUAAAACAGCAAAAACCAUUGAACAGACAGUGAAGCCCCAGAAGCCAGAAGCUCAGAAGCCCGGAGAGAAGCCUUCACACAGUUACUCGGGCAUCGUGGUGGGCGUGCUGAUCCUCAUUCUGACAGCAGCGGGCCUGGCGGCCUUCCUCGUUUACAAACGGCGGCGCUUACCAGUGAUAAACGAGACCAACUUCGACAACACUCUGUACUUUAACUCGGAGACUUCCCUCGGGACGCAAGACACAAAAGUCCUGGUGGCCAACAUUGAGCAAAACGAACACGCGACUUUCUAAACAAAGGGACAAUCCGUGGACAUGUUAACGUUUUUACAAGACAAUCAAGAAAAGCAGAAUUAUGGGGCAACACGAGCAGCCGCCUGCAAAGCCUUCUGUGAAACGGCCACACGCCCGGCUUCAGAGCCCACCGCCCCGCACGGGUCACAUCCAGAGGGGCUGACUGAACCUUACGUGGAAUUUAUUCUUUGUUGUGCCUUGGAUGUGUUGUGUACAAUGCAGGUAAAAUUCUGAAAUAUUAAUGAUUUCUUUAACAUGCUGCUCUCCAUAAUGGGACAUCGUAUAACAGCAGCGUUACAAAAAUCGCACACAUUAAUCAACAUCUGCUUUGUAAAAUAUCUCAGCUUAUGUGCUUUCUUUCUGGGGUAUAAAAUGACAUUUCACAAACCCAA